AUGCCGGCCCCCUCCUGUCUUCCACCAUUCGACAGCUUAGCUGCUCAAACUGGCAUGUUUGAGCUCUCUAACAUUCUAACUCAUGUUAGAUGGCUCGAAUUCUUCAUAAGGCUCAUACCGAUGGAGAAGCUCCGUACUGAGUUGUAUCUUUUGCACUUCGUACUUAAAGGUAGAGUCUAUUUGGGUGAUAUUUGGCAAAUAGUCGGAGGACGUAUGUUGGAAGCGCAGAGGGAGGAAUCACUGCGAAGUACUGUUGAGGAUCACUCAAACCGCUGGAGUAUAGAGCGAGAUUUCAUGGAAGAGAAGAGAGAUCGUUGCCAGCUGGAAGUGUCUCUGUGCAGCCAGGCCAUCGAUCAUGUAGAGCAACGCUGGGCCAUGCCGAUGCGUCCUAUUGCGGUGGCAGUCAACAACGCUUCCUAUUUCUCAGCGACUUCACGACGCGUUAUCGAACCUGUCGCUACUUAUUCGGUAGCUGCGCGGACCAAGUGUGAAACUUGGUUAAGGAGGCAAACAACCGACCCCAUUCCACCCAAAAGCAUCACGUUAAUCGAAACUAGCUUGCCCCUGUUCAGCUCGCCUUCGGCUAUUGGUCAAUUUGCCCUUGCGCAUCUUGAACAACGAAUGCAGGUCACCGUUAAUUCCGAUGACCCUUCGUUCAGUCUGCGGAGUACCUGGGUUACCAGUACUCAAUCGGAGCUAAUUUUCCUGCGGGCAACGAUGCGCCGUGCCCAAGCUGAGGCAGCUGUUUAUACACUGGCCCUUGAAAAUUCCCCUGCGUCAACCUAUUCUGACAGCGAUUCAGAUUCAUCACCUCGCCCAACUCUCCCACAGCAUCUACCAGAAGAAGUGCGUCGCUACAUGGACUACAUUGAUACCGUGUCGAUUAAUUCUCACACUGACACUGACUUAUUCACAAACCUUGUAAAUUUCGUACGAAUAUUUAUCGGGUUCGACUGUGCUUAUAUCAAUACAAGCAAUCCUAUCACCUUCGGAAAUUACCAUGAAUUAGAGUCUGCACAGUACAAACUACACUAG